UCCUUCUGUGGGAUGGACAGAUUGUGAAGUAUAUUACACCACCUGAAAUACAGCACAGGCUACACUAGCUCGGGAUAACUGCAACCAAAGGUCAGAAGAUUGUAUCAGGCUGUCAGGACAAAGGAGCAGAUUCUGAGCUGUAGAUCACAAGAGAAUUCCACGCUCGAGAUAUCUGCUGCCGCGGAGAACCAAAGAUAAUGUGAGGAAUCUCAGAUGGGUAACACUCCUACCCACCUAAAGAGGUUAAGGCUGGGGAAGCUAAAAAUUGUACGUCGGCGCCUUCUGCAGCGCUAUGAACACCAGCCAUUCAUCUCCUUACUGGCUGGACUGUACAGCUGUCGUUGGAAGCGUUACCAGCGAGAGAAGACAGAGCCAGGACAAUGGUGCUGCAAGAGGAAGGAAUAUGCUUUCUUCAUUUUACUGAUUGGCGCGUUCUGCCUCUCUUUGGUCUUCCUGUACUUCUGGGGAGAAGCAAAGAAUGACUACAAUGAUUUUGAUUGGUACACAUAUGGAAAUCUGGGAUAUUGGUUUCUUUGGUCUAUUUUAAUUCUGGUAGUGGCUGUCGUUUUGUUUACAUAUAUUGCAGUAUUACUGGUUUUAGCAGUUUGCUUACUGUCGGAAGGUCAGCAGUUAUAUUUGCACUGGAGUCACAAGAUUGGUUCUGUGAUCGUGCUACUGUUUUCUAUAUCGGCUCUUGCUGUGCUGUCUAAACUAUGGGGUGUAGAGUGGGCAGCCGUCCUGCUUUCCUUCCAGAUCACUGCACCAUAUCUGCACAUCGGCGCUAUCGCAGCAAUGACUCUUCUUUCCUGGCCAGUGGCGUUAUAUUUUGUCAGGAUGAACAGCAAAGUAACACAGCUGAUGAUAGUGAGCCCGUAUCUUGUCACGCUUCUUUUCCUGUAUUUGAUACCACUGGGAGUAUAUUCGCCCUGCAUACGAGAUGAAGGAACCCUUCCACCAAAACCAGCACUAAUAGGGCACAGAGGGGAACCUGAGUUGGCACCAGAAAAUACCAAGAUGUCAUUUGAGAAAACCAUUGAACAUGGAGGAGACAGUCUUGAGACUGAUGUCACAAUGAGCUAUGAUGGCGUACCGUUUCUUAUGCAUGAUCGCACGCUUAAAAGGACAACGGAUAUACAGGACGUGUUUCCCAACUGGACCCAUGAAAAUGCAGCCAUGCUAAGCUGGGAAGUGCUGGAGAAGCUAAAUGCUGGUAAAUGGUUCACUGAGAAAAGACCAUUUGCAGGUAUGGUCUCUCUAUCAGCUGAAGACGAACAAAAAGCAAGAAAUCAAUCAAUUUACAAACUAAGUGACUUUCUGCAACUUGCUGAUCGUGCCAAUAAGUCAGUUCUUUUUGAUCUUUACCGACCACCAAAGGAUCAUCCAUACAGAGACUCCUGGAUUAACAGGACCUUGGAAGUAAUCCUUAAUGAAUCUUCUAUUGAUCCAAAGCUGGUUCUUUGGCUACCAAAUGACAUGAGACAACACGUGCACUCUGUCGCACCAGAAUUUAAGCAGACAUUGAGCAUUAAAGCACCUGUUGAAGAACUUCUGAGUAAUAAUAUUGUGAAACUGAAUCUGCCUUAUAGUGAAAUGUCACAGGAUGAUAUCAGGAUGUACGCAGCUGCUAAGAUUACCACCAAUUUAUAUGUGAUCAGUGAGCCUUGGUUAUUCUCCUUGGCCUGGUGUUCUGGCGCUCAUUCCGUUACCACUAAUGCUGUGCAUACCUUAAACAAGAUAGACCAGCCGUUGUUUCUCAUGACUCCGGCUCAGUACAAUUUAAUGUGGAUUCUCACAGAUAUCGUUUCUGCAUUGCUGAUUGCUGUCAUCUUUGUUCUGCACUGGUGGCGAGAAAGAGGUCUUGUCUGUUGCUCAGAAAAUACCAUGUUCAUUGAAAGUGGCGUAUACAACGCAUUUAAAACUGAACUCAACAUGUCUGCUUCUGAAGAAAGCGAUAGCAAACAUUUUCCUGCAACUGCUACUGCGGCAUCCAGUGAGAACAUAAGGGUCGCUAAGGAUGCCUAAAGCUGUCAGAUAAUAUCUGCAGGAGAUAAUGUGAAAUCUGUUUAUUUGCACACAACUUAUUCCACUAAGACGGAUUGACCAUAUUAACGGCGCAUAACAUAAUUUUCCCAACCUCAAAUGUUCAUCUGAUUAAGUAAAACUUAUGGGGAAGUUAAUUGUACUGCUAAUUGCACAGACGGCUGCUGUAUAGUGCCCACUUUAACAAAGUGAUUGUGACUAUUCUUUUUAGCACAAGUAACCCCAUAGGUCGUUUGGUCUGUCUUUCUGUCUCUAUCCACCUACCUAUCUAAUCUACAUCUCUAUCUAUAAGAUUGUAUAGCUCAAGAGACCUUGCCCUAUCUACUGUAUAUGUGCUUGGUGUCUUGGGUAAAAACAUAAUAAUAAACAACACAGCCACAAAACCAAGGUACAAAGAACAUUAAAUAGAAGAAACAAGGAGGACUGAUAAUUUCUAGUCUAGAGGUUCUUCCCUCUUACUGGUGAUCUCCCACCUCAUGUCAGUAGGAAGCUAAAAACUGAGAAAAUGCACUGAAGAAACUGUUUCUUAAAGGGACAUGAUACCCAAAUGUUGAAGCACUUGAUAAUGAAUCAGCAUACAUGUAAAAAGCUGACUAGAAAUAUCACCUAAACAUCUCUUUGUAAAAAAAGAUGUUUUACAUCAAAUUUCCUAAGUAUUCACACCCCACUGUAAAGAGAAUUUUAGCAGCCAAUCAGGAUGCUUGUCCCAGUACUUGCAAGGGAGUGUGCAUCUGUCAUGUUAUUUUCCUAUUAUCAAUUUUGUUUCAUUACUUUGGUAUCCUUUAUUGAAGGUGCAGCAAUGCACAACUAGAAGCUAGCUGAACACAUCAGUAAACCAAUGACAAGAUGGAUAUAUGUGCAGCCCCCAAUCAAUCAGUUUAAGGAAGUUCUAUAAAAUCUCAUGAGGUUUCAGUGAAAUCUCAUGAGAUUACAGCAAAGGCAAAGCAUUACCUCAGCGCUGAAGUAUAACUGUUUACACAACACUUACUUUGGUGAGCAAAAUAAAUUUUGAGGUAAAAUAUCUUCCUUUUUUACAUAGAGAUGUUAAGGUGAUAUUUUCAUGUCAGCUUUUUACAGUUAUACUGCAUCACUUUCAAGUGAUUUAGCAAAUGAGUAUUAUGUCCCUUUAAAGUGUAUGACUCUCACAUUUAUACAUUUGUUGUUCCUAUACUACUAGUUGGUAAUAGAGAGACAGUUUGGCGUCUAUAUUUUAUAAACUGCUGCUGAAGCUACAAUAAAAGUAGAAUUAUUUGUAUGUGUAACAUAUUCGAUCCACUCUUUGGCAGCACAGACAUUAGAGAUUGUGUCAUAAUCAUUGUUUUAUUCAGAAAAUAAGUUUUUUAAAUUAUAUUUAAUCUGUUAGCAGGUAUUUGUAUUAUUUAUAUAUUCUGCUUUACCUGUGUGCCCCAGCAUUGUAUAAAAUCGUGUAAGUACAAUGCUAACAUUUUGUAAAAACUUUUGACUGUUUUAGAAAGUUUUAAACAACCUUUAAAUCUUUGACUCAAGUGAUAGCUGUUUUGGUAUAUCCCAUUUAGAUUUGUAUUGUUGCAUGAGUUUCAGAUUUUACUCUUACACACUCCAACUUGAUUGUGGGCAGCAGACUUUGUAUGGACUAUUGCUAUUGCAUUUGUAAACUUAACUAAUGGAUGUUAACGUAUGACCCAGUAUUUGCUGGCUAGUAUCUGGGACCAGGAGUUUGGGGAUUGAGCCAUGGUGGUCCAAGGUCAGGAUGGUUUGUGGGUGGAGUUAAGCAGUUUGUAGGUGGGACUAGAUGUGUCAUGGCUGGAUAACUGGGUAGUUCCUAGUUUCACAUAGCAAGGGGAAGUGACAGGAGGGGCAAUGACACAGCUCCCAAACUGAGACUAUCCCAAUAAAUGCAGGACAGUUGGAAGCUUUGUAGUAACAAUGGAAAACAUUCAGCUAGAUUACGAGUUAUAGCAUAGUUACGAGCCAUAACGCCUCAUUUUCCCUAAUCUGCCGCUCUGGACAUCACCGCCAUGUAAAAAUGUAUUAACCCCUAUUCCGCCGCUCCCCGACAUAGUCACCACUAUAAUAAACCUAUUAACCCCUAAACUGCCGCCCUCCCGCAUCACGAUGAGGACUUCUGCCCGCUUGGAUGAGGACUUCGCCGCCUGUAUGAGGAUGGAUGUCUGGACUUCGAAAACUGUAAGUGGAUCUUCGGGGGUUAGUGUUAGGUUUUUUUUAAGGAUUUUUAGGGUAGGUGUUAUUUUUAGCUUAGGGUUUGGGCACUUCGUAAAAGAGCUAAGUGCCCUUUUAAGGGCAAUGCCCAUCCAAAUGCCCUUUUCAGGGCAAUGGUUAGCUUAGGUUUAUUUAGAUAGAAUUUUAUUUGGGGGGUUUGGUUUUGUGGGUGGUGGGUUUUACUGUUGGGGGAGAUGUUUGUAUUUUUAAUUGCUAUGUAAAAGAGCUGUUAUCUUUGGGGCAAUGCCCCGCAAAAGGCCCUUUUAAGGGCUAUUGGCAGUUUAGUGUAGGCUAGGGUUUUUUUUAUUUGGAGGGGGCUUUUUUAUUUUGAUAGGGCUAUUAGAUUAGGAGUAAUUUGUUUUUAUUUUUGAUAAUUUUGUUUUUUAUUUUUUGUAAUUUAGUGUUUGUUAUUUUUUUGAAUUUAGUGUAGUGUAAUUUAGGUGUUAGUGUAAGGCAGCUUAGGCUUUAUUUGACAGGUAAGUUUAUAUUUAUUUUAACUAGGUAGCUAGUAAAUAGUUAAUAACUAUUUACUAACUAGUCUACCUAGUUAAAAUAAAUACAAACUUACCUGUGAAAUAAAAAUAAAACCUAAGCUAGCUACAAUAUUAUAACUAUUAGUUAUAUUGUAGCUAUCUUAGGUUUUAUUUUACAGGUAAGUAUGUAUUUAGUUUUAAAUAGGAAUUAUUUAGGUAAUAAUUGCAAGUUUAAUUUAGAUUUAUUUUAAUUAUAUUUAAGUUAGGGGGUGUUAGGGUUAGGUUUAGGGGUUAAUAUAUUUAUGUAGUGUUAGUGAUGUGGGAGGCCAGAGGUUUAGGGGUUAAAAACUUUAGUAUAGUGGUGGUGACAUUGUGGGCAGCAGAUUAGGGGCUAAUAAAUGUAGGUAGGUGGCGGCGAUGUUAGGGCCAGCAGGUUAGGGGUUAAUAAAUGGUUAAUAAAUUUAUGUAGGUGGCGGCGAUGUUGGGGGCAGCAGUUUAGGGGUUAAUAACAUUAUGUAGGUUGCAGCGAUGUUGGGAGCAGCAGAUUACGGGUGUUUAGACGUGGUUUUUAUGUUAGGGUGUAACUUUUUCUUUCUUCAUAGACAUCAAUGGGGCUGCGUUAUGGAGCUUUUCAGUCCGCGAUCGCAGGUGUAAGGCUUUUUUUUUGCCGGCUCUCCCCAUUGAUGUCUAUGAGGAAAUCGUGCACAAGCACGUCAAAACACUGCUUGUAUUUGGGUGAGGUAUGGAGCUCAACGGCACCAUAUCGCCUGCACAACCCGGGUUUUUUAAAACCUGUAAUACCUACAUUAUGAAAGGUGUGCAAUGAAAAUAACGUACACGAAAUUAGCAAGCAGCCAUAACGCCAUAACUUGUAAUCUAGCUGAUUGUUUGUUCUUCCUCCCAGUUUUAAAAGAACAUGAAAGUCAACAAUAAAGCUUCAUGGUUCAUAUUGAGCAUGCAAUUUUAAGUGACUUUUCAAUGUAUUUCUGUUAUUAAAUUUACUUUGUUAGCUCAGUAUCCUUUGUUGAAAAGCAUACCUGAGUAUUUUCAGGAGCAGCAAAGCAUUAGUGGGAGCUAAAUGGUGAUUGGUGGUUAUGCACAUAUGCUCUUUGUCAUACACAGAUGUGUUUGUCUCGGUCAAGCCAACCUUAGCAUUUGCAGGGCCCUGGGCAAGAUAAAUUUGUGAGUCCCCUCAGCCCAGUGCCCUUAUUUCCCUCCCCUGUAUGCCAUGCCCAUUGUAUUACCCACCCCUGUGCCAACAUUCAGUGAUACCUAUAUAAAGAUUAACACAAAAUAUUAGACCUUCUGAUACCAUAAACACUUCUUAGAAACCAAAUACAACAUGUACAUACAACAAUAAAAACCCGGCCAUAGGUAAAUAUAACUAAUAGUAUACAAUAAUAAAACGAUCUUACUCUUUAGAGCAUUUACUGCUUGCACUUGUAUGUCCUUUUAAAGUUGACAACUGCAAUUCCAUCAAGGUCCAUAUAAUGCAUGUUGUUAAAAAUAAGCUGUAGCCAGUGUCUAAUACAGUAAGCUGUAGCCAGUGUCUAAUACAGUAAGCUGUAGCCAGUGUCUAAUACAGUAAGCUGUAACCAGUGUCUAAUACAGUAAGCUGUAGCCAGUGUCUAAUACAGUAAGCUGGAGCCAGUGUCUAAUACAGUAAGCUGUAACCAGUGUCUAAUACAGUAAGCUGUAACCAGUGUCUAAUACAGUAAGCUGUAGCCAGUGUCUAAUACAGUAAGCUGUAACCAGUGGUCUAAUACAGUAAGCUGAAGUCAGUGUCUAAUACAGUAAGCUGUAGCCAGUGUCUAAUACAGUAAGCUGUAACCAGUGUCUAAUACAGUAAGCUGUAGCCAGUGUCUAAUACAGUAAGCUGUAGCCAGUGUGUCUAAUACAGUAAGCUGUAGCCAGUGUCUAAUACAGUAAGCUGUAGCCAGUGUCUAAUAGAGUAAGCUGUAGCCAGUGUCUAAUACAGUAAGCUGUAGCCAGUGUCUAAUAGAGUAAGCUGUAGCCGGUGUCUAAUACAGUAAGCUGUAGCCAGUGUGUCUAAUACAGUAAGCUGUAGCCAGUGUCUAAUACAGUAAGCUGUAGCUAGUGUCUAAUUGAGUAAGCUGUAGCCAGUGUCUAAUAGAGUAAGCUGUUUACUUUGUAACACUUGUUAAUAGUUUGCUAUAUUUUUAUGGGAUGUAUAAUUUAACUCUGUAAGUGAACAAUCUGCUGCUGGUUACAUAACAAAUUUGUAAGUAUAGUUUUGUAUUAACAAAUAUACUUACCUCUUUAAUAAAUCAGAUCUUUUAUAUAUAAAA